GACACUGAUGUCAUCAUUUGGGAUGUUGUUAAUGAAAGUGGAUUGUACAGACUUAAAGGACACAAAGAUGCCAUCACAGAUGUUAUGUUUCUUCAAAAAAAGAACUUGUUCAUUAGCAGUUCCAAGGACACAUUGGUAAAAUGGUGGGAUCUGGAUACACAACACUGUUUCAGUACAGUAGUUGGACAUCGUAGUGAGGUAUGGGGUUUAGCAUUGGUGUCUGAUGAGACAAGACUCAUUACUGGAUCUGUUGACAGUGAACUGAGAGCCUGGAAGGUCACAUAUUUGGAAGAGAAAAGAGGAACUGAGGAGCCUGAGCCCAAGAGAAACAAAGGCUCAUUAAAUGGCAUGGAGGGUACUGAGGAACAGCUAGAUGAGAAUCCAGAAGAUAGAAUCCUGUGCUGCAAGAAAAUGGGUUCCAUUAUGAGAGAUGGAAGGGACAGAGUAGUUUCCUUGGUAUCUGAUCGAAGCAACCAGAUUGUUGGAUGCCAUGGAACAGAUUGCUUAUUGGAGUUGUUCUACAUUCUUUCUGAAGAUGAAGUCAGUAAGAAAAUGGAAAGAAAAUUAAAGAAGAUGAAGAAGAAGGCCAGACAGCAGUCUCAGUUAAACAAUGAGGAAGAAGCAGUCACUGUAGAGAGAACACUACAGGAUGAGGUUCGACGAAUCACCAACAUCAAAGCCUCUUCUAAAAUUAGAUCCUUUGACUUGAUUGUUUUCCCUAAUGGUGAGGUGAAAGUGGCUUUGCUGUUACAGAACAAUACCAUUGAAUCUUACACACUGAGCACAACUAUGCCGAGCUCUGACUGCACCAAAACAGCCAGGAUCACCAUUGGAGGACAUCGCAAUGAUGUCAGGACGCUUGCUUUCAGCUCAGACAACAUCGCUAUACUGUCUGCUUCUUCAGAGACUGUCAAGAUAUGGAACAGAGCAACACUUCAGUGUAUUCGGACAAUGCCUUGUGACUACGCUCUCAGUUCUCUGUUUGUACCAGGCGAUCGCCAAGUCAUCGUUGGAACUAAGUCUGGCAAGCUGCAGCUGUUUGAUUUAGCAACUGGCGGAUUAUUAGAGGCAGUGGCAGCUCACGACGGAGCUGUGUGGUCAAUGUCACUAUCACCUGAUCAGAGAGGAUUUGUAACUGGAGGUGCUGACAAAACUGUGAAAUUCUGGGAAUUUGAGCUAGUGAAAGAGGAGGACUCUAGCCAGACCAGCCGUAGACUUUCAGUGAAUCACACACGUACCCUGCAGUUGGAUGAAGAUGUAUUGUGUGUGAGGUAUAGCCCUAACCAGAAGCUGCUGGCAGUGUCUUUACUGGACUGUACAGUUAAAAUCUUCUACACUGACUCGCUGAAGUUUUUCUUGUCACUUUAUGGACAUAAACUUCCAGUGCUAUGCAUGGACAUAUCAUAUGACAGCAUAUUGAUAGCAACAGGUUCUGCUGACAGAAACGUGAAGAUAUGGGGUUUAGAUUUUGGCGAUUGCCACAGAUCACUUUUUGCUCAUGAUGACAGUGUGAUGUCUCUGCAGUUCGUCCCAAAAAGUCAUUUGUUCUUUACAGCAGGGAAGGAUUGCAAGGUCAAGCAGUGGGAUGCAGACAAAUUUGAACACAUUCUGACUCUAGAGGGACAUCAUCGAGAGGUAUGGUGUUUGGCGGUGAGUCCUAAUGGAGACCAUGUUGUAUCUUCAUCCCAUGAUAAAUCUCUUCGACUUUGGGAAAGAACAAGGGAACCAUUAAUUUUGGAAGAAGAAAGGGAAAUGCAAAGAGAGACAGAAUUUGAAGAAAGUCUGGGAAAAGGAGAUGAGCCAGUGGUGCCUGGAGAAUCACAAGGGGAAACUGGUCUUGCUGGAAAGAAAACAAUUGAGACAGUAAAAGCAGCUGAGAGAAUAAUGGAAGCAGUUGAGCUUUACAGAGACGAGACCAAGAAACUAGAAGAACAUAAAGCAGCUUGUGAGAUGGCUGAGAAGGAGAUUCCUCUUCCUUCUGUGAAUCCCAUACUUCUGGCUUAUGGCAAUAUAUCACCUUCUCAGUAUGUUUUGCAAACAUUUAAGAAAAUAAAAUCCAGUGAACUUGAGGAGUCCCUGCUUGUUCUGCCAUUUUCUUAUGUUCCUGACUUGCUCACCCUUUUUAAUGAUUACAUUCAGCUUGGACAAAGUGUGGAGCUCAUUUGUCGCUGCCUUUUUUUCCUUCUCAGGAUACAUUUUGGUCAAAUUACGAGCAGUCAGAUGCUACUAACAGUUAUUGACAGCCUAAGAAGAAACACACUUGGUAAAGUCAGUGAAAUCAGGGACCAACUAGGUUUCAACCUUGCCGGCCUUCAGUUCCUUAGGCGAGAGAUAGAAGCAAAGGAAGAUGUGACAUUUUUUGCUGAUGCAACAAAUUUGUUUGAAGAGAAGAAAAAAAAGAAAAAGAAAAAGAAAGAGCAAUACUUGCUUUUUCCUAAUUAUGAAUGUGCAACAAAUCAUUGCUCCUGUACAUUCAAAUUAGUAUACAGAAGAUGUAAAAUUCAAAAACUCUGCUGCAAAUGCUCUGUUUUGUGUACCUUUGUACAUAUAACGCGAUGAGUUCUCUGUACAUUUGUUUAGAAUGAGAUAUUUCUGGUAUGUAUCACAGAAAAUGUUCCUAAUUUAAGAUUAAGAGACUGCAUUUGCCCACAUGUAAAUCUGAUUUUGAUAGAUCUUUUUAUUAAACCUGUUCUUUAUAGUA